CUGCCAUAGCACUUAGGGCUAUGACUACACUGAGCUGUAAAACUAAAUAUUAUUAAUAUUAAAUUAUACGUGUGUUAUUCCGACGCGUACCUCAAUUAAUAUAUUUUGAAUUGUUUGCAUCGUUUAAGCGAGUGACGGAGUUUUCCAGCUCCCAUGGAAUUUAUAUGACAGGAAGCGGUGGAAAUCAUUAGGGAAAUUAUAGUGUGUGCCUGUUACGAAUGCUGUUACUGUCUGCGUACUCGAUGUUUACAAUGUUUACCGCCAUUGUCCAUUUCGAUGUUUAUCUGUUUAGCGUGGUGGAGGCGCCGGGCGCAGCCGUCGUGUUCUCACAUGCUCGUUUAAAUAUUUAUUUUCCAUAUAUCGUUCAUAUGUAAUUAGCCGGAAUUGUCACGGCAUGCCGGUCGUUAAUCAUUUAAUGCCGACUCUUGCCUUGCGAUAAACAUCACUUGGAAAUUUGUUUAAAACGCGUGUGAUUAUUUACUUAUCAUCAAUCAUCCUCGAGUGUAAUUUAUUUAAUAUGCUGCUGAUCAAAGCAGUUCAAAAGUCAAACCAAUCGAAUUUAAUAAUAAUAAAUUGUGGAAAUUUCGUUGAAGGAAAAAUGCAACAAUGCAUGCAAAUGAACGUGCGAUCAAUAACCAAUCAGUGUGCGCCAUCACACGCUGACUAAUGGUGAUGGUGACCCAAACUUAUUCUUUCCAACUGUGGUAAUUAGCUGGAGUUUAGCGCGCAAACAAUAUUGCCGGCGUGUGCGGUAUUGUAAAUAGCCUAAAUCAAUUAUGGCCAACGAUCCCGAACAUCAAUUCAUCUGCCCAACAACGCCCAACACAAAUGACGUUCAUGUUUCAUGCUUCCAAGCACCCCUCACGUUUUUAGCAUGACAUUUUUUCUUUCUUGUUUACGUGACUAGCCUAUUCGAUUAGCAUUAUCCUUUGAGAUAUUAUUUACUCUGAAUUAGGAUCACUGGAUCUGCCUUGGACACCAAACCAACUCGCUUAGUUUACUAACCCCAUUUGCUAACUGGUUGCGAGCUCGGCGGAUUGGUGUUUACCCUUUCUAUUACAUAAUGAAUCGACUGCAUUAGCCCGCAGCUUACAGUCAACGUCGGAGUCGGAACUAACUGGAAACGGAUAAUUAUUUUAUUAUGGUAUUGAGAGGAAUAAACUUGGAAUAAUCUUAAAAUAGAUGUAAUAAGAAAGUCUUGAUGUUUGUUACACUUUGACGCAAAAACUACUUAACCGAUCAACAUGAAAAUUUGUACACAUAUUCUUAGUGGUCCCCGAAUGGUUAUAGGCUACUUUUUAUUUAGUAAAAUAAAUUAUUUUUUAAAUAAAAUAAAGAAAUAGUUUAGCCAAUAAUACCUCUGCAUCUGGCUAUUUGACUACUUUAACGCCAUCUAGCAUUCCAGCAAUGAAGCUCAAACCUAAGUACUAUAGUACCAUCACACUGUAUUAUCACACUGUAUUACCGACAGCUACGUCAACAUCAAAUCCAAUUGACUACACUAUGGAGACUGUACACUAUACUUCCAUAGACUAUACUUUCAGCCAUUUUAAACUUCCCGCCAUUCUACUUCAGUGUUACUUCUUCUGUGACUACAGACGCGUAUGGAACCAACUUCAUUAUUUUAGAUAUUCGCGAGCGAAGCCAGUAAAAUAUAUGUGUUUGAUGUAGGUUUGACAGGAUGUGUAGUGGUGGAGGAUAUUCGAUCCGGCUUCGACAUUAAAUGCUACAUUAUGUACAACGUGCGCUCCGGCUAAUUCCUGAGGGAAUUAUACAUAACUCGCCGAUCGCCGGCCGCCCUUCCCGAAUGGAAUUUAUGUCACAACUCAAAAAUGACCCACAUUGAUUAAAUUUACUACUGCGGGCGCUCAGCAAAGGGAUAACAAUAAAUAACUCGAGUGUCAAACUUGUUCGCCGUUUAAUUCCAAACUAUUAGGAGUGUGUACAUAAUUGACUCGCUUUAUCUCUCAAUCAGCUCGAGUGCGCGCUGGCAAAUUACGUCUGCCAUUAAGAUUAAGCUAAUUUAAAUUCAAUUUUAUGCGUUUCGAGAACGAGGGCUGUCGUCUCGCAGAGUUUCAAAAACCGAGUGUUUCCAAAUAUCGAUCGCCGCAUUCGUUUUAUGUUUCUCCAUCUCAAAGGCGAGCUUCUUUCCUGAUGAGUGCAUUUUUUUGCCGGCUUUGUUUGCGUUUGCAUUCGUAUUCUCAAAGAGGUGAAAGCCGCUUUGCAUACUCCUUAACUUACCCUAUUGAUAUUGAUUGAGUGCCGCUCCGUCCGCGACUCGCAUUUUAUUUCGGUAGUAAUAAAAAUGCAAAUGCAAUGUACUCUUAUGUGAUUAUCUUUUCAGAGGAGGAUUACGACGCCUUCUGCCUGGCGUACAUGUUCACCUAUCGGGACUUUGAAAUGGGCACGUUGGGGUUGGCGUGGACGGGCGAUUUGAAGAAUGCUGGCGGUGUGUGUGAGAAGAACGGCCAUUAUCGCGGCAGCAUGAAGUCGUUAAACACUGGCAUCGUAACGCUGCUCAACUACGGCAAGCACGUGCCACCUGCCGUCUCCCAUGUGACGCUCGCCCAUGAAAUCGGACACAAUUUCGGAUCGCCCCACGAUCCAGAAUUGUGCACGCCGGGCGGCGACGACGGCAACUUUAUUAUGUUCGCGCGUGCCACAUCCGGGGACAAGAAGAACAACAACCAUUUCUCACCAUGUAGCCUCAAGAGUAUCAAUCCCGUGCUGAAUUUCAAAGCGCGUUCGCCCAAAGGUUGCUUCACCGAGCCCCAGGCCGCCCUCUGUGGGAAUGGUGUUGUUGAAGAGGGUGAAGAAUGCGACUGCGGAUGGGAGGAAGACUGUCGCGAUCAGUGUUGUUUCCCACAGCGGCGGUAUCCACCAGUGGACGAACCACCAUGUCAUCUCACACCGCGUAGUGCAUGCAGUCCCUCGCAGGGACCCUGCUGCACGUCGGAGUGCCAUGUCAAAUUUGGCGACAAAUGUCGUGAUGAUAAUGGUUGUCGGGAUGCAAGUUUCUGCAAUGGCCGUGGGCCACAGUGUCCACCAUCAGUCAACAAACCCAAUAAGACUAUUUGUAACAAAGAGUUUGUUUGUUUCAUGGGUGAAUGUACCGGUUCUAUUUGUCUCGCCUAUGGUUUGGAGUCCUGCCAAUGCAUACCUGGUAAAGGUGAUCCGAAAACCAAAGCAUGCGAACUCUGCUGUAAGCUUCCCGGUGAUAAUCAACCCUGCAUCUCAUCGUUUGAGUGGAACGACAUGCCAUACGAUAUUCCCGACAUGUACUCGAAGCCUGGCACACCAUGCAAUGACUACAGUGGGUAUUGUGAUGUCUUUCAGAUGUGUAGAGAGGUAGAUCCAUCUGGACCACUCGCGACUCUUAGAAAACUCUUGCUUUCCGAUGAGAGUAUAGCAAGUUUCAAGCGAUGGUUGCUAGAUUACUGGUACGCGGUGGUUUUGAUCAUCUCUGUGAUUAUAGCGCUAUUGAUCUUCAGCACGAAGUUCCUGGGUAAAAACUCCGACAUGCAAACUAAACUGAAAACCGUGACAAUAAUGCACAGCCAAACAACGGAAACGGUGCGCCUGCCUCCGGAUGGUGACGGCGGUAAUGUGACGGUACAUCCAGCCUUCAAGUCCAAGCUGCCUCUCAAACGAAAAGUACGCGACGGCAAGGUGCGCAACAAAGCCAAACGUAAUGCCAACAACAAAGAAAACACCAACAACAACAACAACCUAAACAGCCCCAGCAAAGCCGCCACGAAAAUAUCACCCAAAAAGAAGAAGCGCGUUUCUGCCGCUGUAGGCGCAGAAGAACAACGAAAACGAAUCGCUGGUGAUACAGCGGCCGUCAUCGAGAUACCUCCAAGCAAAGUGAAGAAGUCAAUGCAGGCAACUGUAGCGGUCAAGAAGAAAAAGAAAAAGAAGGAGGUGAUUGAUUACAGCAGUGUGCAAGUUGACGCGGAAGGUAAAAAGGGCCUAUUGGGUGCGGAAGUUCUGCAUACACCGCUCACCCCCGAGGCGGACCCAGUGGGAAAGGUGCAGAACUGGUUGAUGAAGUCACAUGCAGCGCUGCCAAAGUCAAAAUCAACACCUGUGGGUCUAACGACUGCGAAUGCACGCAGUCCGCAUAAACAGCGCCACAAGAAGACGACUGCUGCAGCCACCAACGCCACGCCGAAGAGCAACAGUGUCGGUAACAUCACCGACAAGGAGAAGGAGAAGGUGCGGCUGCAGGUUGUGUACAAACCGCCUUUUAAAUUUAGUGUCAAGCUGCGCAAACCGGAGAAAACGUGCGUUGUCAUCGAGCGUGUGAAGACGUCGCAGGCGACGCAGACGCCGGCUGCAGCUCAGCAGCCGCAUAAACUCAGUGAUAAGACGGACAAACCUCGAACGGGCCUCUUAGUGCGAACCGUGAACGCCAAGUGUAACGAGGGAGUAGUGGCAGCUACUAGUCCAAUGCAAGCAAACCUUUCCACGGCUCUCGCAUCAGCAAACGAAAUCGAUUCUAAUGUGCAUACCGUCCAGUCAGACUUAGAGGUACUUCUCUCUGAGAGCGAGUUCCUAUUCUCGGAUGACUAGCACCCCUACAUCCCCACACUCACAUUCCCAUCAUUUUCGUUCCAAUUUUAAUGGCUGUGGAAAGCAUUUUUCCAAUUUGUACUGGUAUUGGUUGAUUAUGCGACAUGUUAACAUUCCGGAACGCAUUCCAACUCCUUUUCUAUUAAUAUUACUUAGUUGAUAUGCGCUAAAACGUGAAUUUUCAGAUCGGUAUGUCUAGUGUAGCGGUUUAUACCAGUCGGUUUUCGACCGUUACGUUGCACAUAUACACUUCAAAUCAAUUAAUCUGUGAUUUAUAACCAAUAUAAUAAAAUUAAUGCAACUAAAACACGCGCCUGAUGUGGAAUUUACGUUUUCGCCAAGAGUUUAUUCUUGUUUUUGUUCUUGCGACCAAACCAACUAACAAAACAGUUCAAAAAGGACACAAAUUCUAUGAAUUAAUUAAAUAUGCAUAGUCAAUGAUGCAAUAGGACAUAUCAAUCAAUUAAAAA